AUGGCAUAUCAGUUAUACAGAAACACCACUUUGGGAAACAGUCUCCAGGAGAGCCCUGAUGAGCUCAUACAGUCUCAACAGCUCACCCCCCAACUUGCCCUUCAAGUUCUACUUCAGUUUGAUAAAGCUAUAAAUUCAGCAUUGGCGCAGAGGGUCAGAAACAGAGUCAAUUUCAGGGGCUCUCUAAAUACAUACAGAUUCUGUGAUAACGUGUGGACUUUUGUUUUGAAUGAUGUUGAAUUCAGAGAGGUGACAGAACUUAUUAAAGUGGAUAAAGUGAAAAUUGUAGCCUGUGAUGGUAAAAAUACUGGCUCCAAUACUACAGAAUGAAUUGAAAAAAAAA